AGAAGAGGGAAAACAAUGUCGGGCUUUUCAUCCGGAUCCUCCGCCUCCUCCGCCUCUUCCUCUUCCGCCCAAUCCACUUCCCCUUUCUCUUUCUCCAACCCUCCUUCCUCCUUCUCAUUCGGCUCUUCUGCCUCCCUAUUCGGAUCCUCUGCACCUGCCACCACGUCCACCACCGGCUUCUCCAUUGGAUCCUCGGCCUUCGGCGCCUCCACUCCCUCUAACCCUUCCUCCUCCCCAUCUCCAUUCUCCUUCUCCCUCAACUCCACUUCCACUCCCUCCUCCUCCCCAUUCGGAUCCUCAAACCCUAGCUCCGCCUCUACCCCUUCCUUCGGUUUCGCACCCACCGCCACCAACACCACCACCACAAUAACGUCUUCGGCUUCCGCCCCUUCUUUCGGAUUCGUACCCUCCUCUACCAACACCACAACCUCAUCUGCCUCCGCUUCCUUUGGAUUCUCAUCCGCCGCCUCCGCCGCCGCCACCACCACAACCUCCUCUGCUUCCGCUCCUUCUUUUGGAUUCUCAUCAGCCGCAUCCUCUGGCCUGUCCCUGUUUGGCUCCUCGGCCUCAACGGCUUCAACUCCUCUGUUUGGUUCAACUCCGUCCCAAUCCCUGUUUGGCUCAUCCUCAUCGGCCCCCACCUCCACCGCCUCCGCCUCCCCUCUAUUCGGAGCUCCUUCUUCCGCCACUUCAUCCCCAUUCGGAGCAACCUCAUUUGCACCCAGCGCACCCACAAACCUGUUUGGAACCUCGUCCACUUCCGCUUCGCAGCUGUUUGGCACAGCGUCCUCUGCACCCAGCGCACCCUCGCCACUGUUUGGCACAGCUUCCUCGUCCCAACCUUCAUCCUCUGUAGCUCCAACCACCCAAUCGUUCCAAAGCUUCUCCACUUCCACUUCAGCCUUCACAUUACCAACAUCCUCCCCUCUUUUGAAACCCACAACCUCCACUCCCACCACCGCUGCUCCUCCAUCAACAACCGCUUCCAGCUUCUCCUCCUUCGGAACGCCGGCUUCCUCCGCUUCACAAUCCUCUUUCGGUUUCUCCACCAGUUUCUCCAAUGCCGCCUCAAAACCGACCUCACAAUCCUUCCCAACUCCCUCCGCUCCGUUUCUUUCUACUCUCACGACCACAACCCCUUCUUCGACUCCAGCAACUAGCACUACAACCCAAACCUCUUUCACUAUGCCGUCUUUUGCUGUGAUUCCUGCUACUUCUCCGGCUUCUAGCACCGCUGCAACAACGGCUCCAAUGGCGGCCCCUGUGAGCUCAGCAGCUUCUUCCGGGGGCUCGCUUGUAAGCUCGUUCUCCUUCCAAACUACUUCAGGAGCUACUGCUUCUUCUGCUGCCUUUUUGUCUUUGACAAAAGGGUCUACACCUGCUCCAUCGUCUCAAGCACAACCAAGCACUACCGUGCCUGCAUUGGGUGUCGGUACUUCAGCCCCUGUAACUGCUACAACAACCACUACAAGUACUGCUGCAACUCAGACAUCAACAUCACUUGUUGCAGCUUCUACUAGUGGGACAACUUCAAUUGUCAACACUACAUUAUCUAGUGCACCAAAAUUACCGUCUGAAAUCACAGGGAAGACUGUGGAGGAGAUCAUCAAGGAGUGGAAUGCUGAGCUUCAAGAGCGUACUGGAAAAUUCCGAAAGCAGGCUAAUGCAAUAGCAGAUUGGGACAAAAGGAUUUUGCACAACCGUGAUGUUCUUCUUAGGCUUGAGAUUGAAGUGGCGAAAGUGGUUGAAACCCAAGCUAACUUGGAGCGGCAACUAGAGUUAAUUGAGACUCAUCAGCAAGAGGUUGAUAAGGCUUUGCAAAGCAUGGAAGAAGAAGCUGAGCGUAUAUACAAGGAUGAACAUGGAUUGCUCCGUGAUGAUGAGGCUGCAUCCACAAGAGAUGCAAUGUAUGAGCAAGCUGAGUUUGUAGAGAGGGAACUAGAGCAGGUGACAGAACAGAUCAAAUCAAUUAUUCAGACCUUAAAUGCGAACCAGGGAGGGGAACUUGAUGCAAAUGAUGGUAUGGCUCCGUUAGAUGUGGUUGUCCGAAUCUUAAACAAUCAGCUUAGCUCUUUAAUGUGGAUUGAUGAAAAGGCCGAAGAAUUCUCCUCGCGAAUUCAGAAGCUCGCCAAUGAAGGUCCUGCUGCAGAUCGCGAAUUAAUGGCUCCAAAAUACUGGAUGUUGUGAUCAUCGGAAUUGUAAACCACCUUCAAUUCCCCCACACAUCAGUUUCGAAGUUUAGUGUAUGUUAAAUACUCUUCGUAAUAACCAUUUGUGGUGCAUAAAUGUUCAGAUAUACAAAUCUCUAUCGACAUUUUUGUGAUGUCUA